UCCUCCCAGCGACUCCUUCCCUUUCAAUUCCUUUGAUAAAUAGCUUCCCCUCUAAUGGCUUUUGCUCUGGAAACUGCACCUCCUAACUCCUGCCAGAGACAGUUCUCCCCAGCAUGAGCGCUGUCCCGCUCCCCUCGGCCAGGACAGCAGGUCUUCCUCUUAGCUUCUUGUUUCUGCUUUCCUUCUGGGUAGACCGAGGUGUGGUAGCUAAGGAGCUGAAGUUUGUGACAUUGGUAUUUAGGCAUGGAGACCGAAGUCCCAUCGAAACCUUUCCUAAUGACCCCAUCAAAGAAUCCUCAUGGCCACAAGGAUUUGGCCAACUCACUCAGCUGGGCAUGGAACAGCAUUAUGAACUUGGACGGUAUAUAAGGCAAAGAUAUAGAAAAUUUUUGAAUGAGUCCUACAAACGUGAACAGGUUUACAUUCAAAGCACGGACGUUGACCGGACUUUGAUGAGUGCUAUGACAAACCUUGCAGGCCUAUUUCCCCCAGAGGGUAUCAGCAUCUGGAAUCCCAGCCUACCAUGGCAGCCCAUCCCGGUGCACACAAUCUCUCUUUCUGAAGAUCGGUUGCUGUACCUGCCUUUCGGGGACUGCCCUCGGUUUAAAGAACUUAAGGAUGAGACUCUCAAAUCGGAGGAAUUCCAGAAGAGGCUGCAUCCUUAUAAGGAUUUUAUAGAAACCUUGUCAACAUUUACAGGAUACCAUACCCGGGACCUUUUUGGAAUGUGGACUAAAGUCUAUGACCCUUUAUUUUGUGAGAGUAUUCACAAUUUCACUUUACCCUCCUGGGCCACAGAGGACACCAUGACUAAGUUGAAAGAAUUAUCAGAAUUGUCCAUCCUGUCUGUCUAUGGAAUUCACAAGCAGAAAGAGAAAUCUAGACUGCAGGGGGGUGUCCUGGUCGGUGAAAUCCUCAAUCACCUGAAGAGUGCAACUCGGCCAUCAAACCACAGAAAACUUGUCAUGUAUUCUGCACAUGAUACUACCGUGGCUGGCUUGCAGAUGGCACUAGAUGUUUACAAUGGAAUCCUUCCUCCCUAUGCUUCCUGCCACAUAAUGGAAUUGUACCUUGAGAAUGGGGAGUAUUUCAUAGAGAUGUACUAUCGGAAUGAGACGCAGCACGAACCAUAUCCCCUCACACUGCCAGGCUGCACUCCCAGCUGUCCUCUGACCAAGUUUGCUGAGCUGGUUGCCCCUGUGAUCCCCCAAGACUGGUCCACGGAGUGUAUGACCACAAGCAACAACCAAGUUCUAAGGGUCGUCCUUGCUGUUGCCUUUUGCCUGGUGUCUGGUGUCCUCGUGGUGUUGCUGCUUACCCUCAUCCGCCAUGGGCCCUGCUGGCACAGAGACCCCUAUCGGAAUAUCUGAACAGAUGGCUGAAUAAGGGCGGACACACCACACCAACCACCAACCUCCUGGGAUGCAGCACCUCUCAGUGAUGCCUCAUGGAAAGGACUGGCUUUCACCAUGUGGACAUCACCCUGCCCACACCCUUCCCUUUGAGCCUGGCUAGAGCAGGGUCUGAACUCACCCAGGGACUGAUGAAUGAACCCCAAGUUACUUGGUUAGGUCUCCUGAUGGUUAGGUCUCCUCAUCAUAGUGCAAGCUUCUCAUGCAGCUAGAAGGAAGUUCUUCUGCAAAGGAUAGUUGUAUUCUCUGGCAUGGAUGUCCAGAAAGAAAGAAAGAAGUUAAACUCCAACCAGCCUUUUGCCUUCAAAGAGCAAAUGGUUACAACGUGUGACAACAUAGAUUAAAGAAGACUGGAUAAUGACAAUAACUACACUAGAAAUAGUAUCAUGUAGGAUGAUUCUUAAGAAAUAAGACCCAACCAGAAGGUGUAAAUAAAUCUUUUUUUUUAGCUGUUAAGUAGGUUAAAUACAAACAUGUAUACACUCCUGAAAAGAAACUCCUACCCAGUGUUUGAUAGCUAACAGAUUUCUGUAUGUGUAUAUAUACUAACACAUACAAACACAUAGCUGUAUUGAAACUGCCUUAGAGAGAGGUAUUUAAUUCUCAGAAACUGUAAUAUCGACUAUUGUAAUUGUUGCUCAGGUCAUUUUCCCCACAAUUUCUAUAAUGGGGAAUAACCAGGAAGUCCAUGCAGUCGUUUCUUUUUUCUACCUCUACCAUGAGACUAUAUUUUUAUUUUAUUUUUUUUUCAAUAUAUGAAGUUUAUUGUCAAAUUGGUUUCCAUACAACACCCAGUGCUCAUCCCAAAAGGUGCCCUCCUCAAUACCCAUCACCCACCCUCCCCUCCCUCCCCCCCCCCAUCAACCCUCAGUUUGUUCUCAGUUUUUAAGAGUCUCUUAUGCUUUGGCUCUCUUCCACUCUAACCUCUUUUUUUUUUCCUUCCCCUCCCCAUGGGUUUAUGUUAAGUUUCUCAGGAUCCACAUAAGAGUGAAACCAUAUGGUGUCUGUCUUUCUCUGUAUGGCUUAUUUCACUUAGCAUCACACUCUCCAGUUCCAUCCAUGUUGCUACAAAGGGCCAUAUUUCAUUCUUUCUCAUUGUCACGUAGUACUCCAUUGUGUAUAUAAACCACAAUUUGAGACUAUAUUUUUAUAGUUCCAAUUUCUUCAUUUCAUUUUAAAAGUAAGAGACUUACUUUCAUGAGAACUUUUCAUGGCCACUAUGAGAUAAUAAUAUAUUUAAUUACCACAAAUAGAUCUACAUUUCCCAAGUGGUGAAGUAGAAAGAAAAAUGGGAUGAAGGUUGAUGACCCUAUGCCACAGCUCUGCACUGGCUUUAGGCCAACAACUUGGAACAAGUUCUUUUAAGUCUUUUAAACCUUGGUUUAAUUAUCUAAAAAAGAAGAGUGGACUAGAUAAACAUGGAAGUCACAUCUAGUUCUCAUAUUCUGUGAACAAUUUAUUUUUCUUUUCAUUUCAUUCAUGGAUUGGUCAUUGUCCAAGAAAGCAUGUUCAUAAAUGGUACCAUUACAGUAAGCCUGAUAUGUAUUCUAAA